AUGUCGCCACCACCAUCCAGCGGAAAGGACUCUGGCACAGCUCGAAUUUUGGGCUCAGGGACAUCUGGGAUUGCUGAGCUGCUCAUCUUCCACCCUGUUGAUACCGUAGCCAAACGAUUGAUGAGCAACAAGAACAAGGUCUCGUUCUCGACCUUGUCACCCAUAAUCUUCAGGGACCACGCAUCUGCACCAUUGGCCCGCAAGUUCCUGUCUCUCUUCCCUGGGCUAGGCUACGCAGCAGGCUACAAAGUCGCUCAGCGUGUGUACAAGUUUGGCGGGCAACCUUGGUUCAACGACCUCAUCAACAAGCACUACAAGUCGAAUUUCACGAACACCUUUGGCGAGCGGAAGGGAAAGAUGAUGAUGCAGGCUACUGCCGGAUCCUUGACUGGAAUCGGAGAAGUCGUCCUCCUUCCGCUUGACGCACUCAAAAUCAAACGCCAAGUCAACCCAGAAGCGUUCCGUGGCCGCGGUUUUGUCCGCAUCUUCAUGGAGGAGGGCACCACGCUGUAUCGCGGCUGGGGAUGGACAAUGGCCAGAAACGCCCCUGGUUCUUUCGCUCUCUUCGGUGCCUCAGCCGUGACGAAAGAAUACGUCCUCGGCGUAACUGAUUACUCCCGCGCAACAUGGACGCAAAACUUCAUUGCUUCUAUUGCUGGUGCCGUAGCCAGUAUAACGAUUGCUGCCCCUCUGGACACCGUCAAAACUCGCAUUCAAAAUGCCAACUUUGAGCGCAAAGUCAGCGGCAUACAGGUCGUCAAGGAGCUCGUGAAAAAUGAGGGUCCUACAGCCUUUUUCAAGGGGUUGACUCCCAAGAUCCUAGUGGUGGGCCCGAAAUUGGUGUUCAGCUAUACCCUUGCGCAAUCGCUGAUACCACUGUUCUCCAAAUACGUUUAA